UGAAGUAUUUUGAUAAGUACGAGCAUGGUCAUGUCCUCGUGUGUUUACACUGGUACGAGUAUGUAAAUGCAGCAUGCUUAAAAAAGUAUCGCGAAGUUUGCUUCUAAGUUUUAGACACCUGCUGUUUGGAAAGAACAGAGAAACACGAUCGUAAACUCUGGUGAAUCUAUGAGUAUGAUGAUCAGGAACUGGAGGCUACAUGCACAGCGCAGUGUCCUUACGUGCAAACAUUUGGCCGCUGAUAUACUUGUGGAUAGCACCGCUCAUUCAAGGUGUUGCGGCUUUGGAAUGUUAUCACUGCGUGAUGGGCACACGCUGCGAUCCGUCAGCAUCGGAUAACAGGACCUGGACCUGUACUGAAGAAUUUCCCUACUGUGCAAUGCUGCAAGAAACUCCACAAUCACCGUGGUUAAGGAUAGGGCGACCUCCAAAACUGGAAUGGAGGCUGUUCAGUUUCGUACUGAGCAGGUUCGGUGGGAAAUUCCCAACCAAUGCAACAGCGGCGUGCGUCAGCGACCGUGAUGGUGGCAAGAAAGCCUGCAUUUGUCCGGUGAACAAGUGCAAUGACUUCAUGCCGGACAGCUUUACGUCCGUAUGGCAGAAAGGUCAGGGGGUGAUCGACAAUGCCGGCAGAGUGCAGCCCACCAACGCCAGCGGACUCCAGCGCAGCGGCAGAGACGCAGAUCUUCCGCCCGACGCCGAGGGUACAGGAAAUUAUGAUUACGACGGGGAAAGCGACUUCUUCGGAUUGCUGCCGGAUAAUUCCCAGGGAGGCAGCGGAUCCGGUGUUAACAGUGCCGUGCGCAAACUUGCCGUUCCCGAAGCCACCACGACAACAGCAGGAGUUGUAGGACCUGAUGCAGAAGGGAACCCAAACGCAGAUGCGGAAGAUUCGUCAAACAUAUGGAUGAUUAUCGGAAUCUCGGUGGGAGUGGUCGUGGUGGUGGCCAUCGCUGCGGGUGUGGGCAGUUAUGUGUAUUGUACCCGAAGACGCCAACGAGCAGCAGCUCAAGGUGGGGACGCUGCAUCACAGCGCUCUCAAUCACGCCGUUGAUUCCGUGACUAGUACCGCCCGGGCAGCUUUACCUCAUCUUUAUCAAAUUAUACUUACUUUAAUUUUGUUACUCUGGCUCUAGGUGAAGUUUGUUCUUGCGUUCUAUUUUUUUAUGUAAUUGGAUUGUUUGCGAUAUAGACAGUUAGUGCCCGCUUGCCCGGUACUAGCGGCUCAAAUUAUCUGUUUUUUGUUGUUUCGAUUUCAGGUUUUGUUGGAAUCAUGUUUUUCUUGAUUGUGCGCUUUUAAAAACAGCGAAAAUUUAUUUUACA